GAUGCACGGCCAACCGUUCUGCCUAUUCGCCUCUGAAAUCCGGUUCGAGUUCCGGUAACCGGCCGCCAACAGAGAUUGCACCGCUUUUUCCCGGUUGCGACUACGAGCACUGGCUCAUAGUCAUGGAUAAACCAGGCGGAGAGGAAGCUACCAAGAAGCAAAUGAUUGAUUGUUACAUUGAAACCUUAGCCAAAGUUGUGGGAAGUGAAGAGGAAGCUAAGAAGAAGAUAUACAAUGUUUCCUGCGAAAGGUACUUCGGAUUUGGUUGCGAGAUUGACGAGGAGACAUCAAAUAAGCUUGAAGGAUUGCCUGGAGUUCUCUUUGUUCUUCCAGAUUCAUAUGUUGACCCUGAAAACAAGGACUAUGGAGCUGAGCUCUUUGUGAAUGGAGAAAUAGUUCAGAGGUCACCUGAAAGACAGAAGAGAGUGGAACCUGUCGCACAGAGAGCUCAAGAUAGGCCCAGAUACAAUGACCGGACUCGUUAUGUUAGGCGCCGUGAGAAUGCACCACAGUAAAAGGCAAAAUUAUUUAGUUUAGGGAAAAUGUAUUCUUGUUCUCAUGUAUGAAACCCUUUCCAGCUAACAUAUUUCAUCAUGAAAAGAUAAUGUAUGCUACUACUUAGUUCUGUGUGUAAAAACAACCCAAACAUGCAUGCAACAACAGUUUAAACCUCCCAUAAUGAUCGUGAGGUCAUUACAAAGUUUAGAUGCAUACCAGUCUGCUUACCCCCAU